AUGUCCUCCAUCGCAGCACAGUUCGCAACACGCGGCAAGAAGUGCGUCGCCAUCGGGCGCAACUACGCAGCCCACAUCAAAGAGCUCAACAACACCACUCCGAGCGAACCCUUCUUCUUCCUCAAGCCUACCACGUCCUACGCGCUGUCGGACGACGGAAAGGUCGAGAUUCCCAAGGGCGUCGUCGUGCACCAUGAGGUCGAGUUGGGCGUCAUCAUUGGCAAGCGAGGACGUGACAUUCCCGCCUCCAAGGCGCUCGACUACGUCGCAGGCUACGUACGCCGGCUCAUCCCGCUCGUAAAGCCCUUCGUGACGCUGAAUGUAUCCUUGCAGACCCUCGCAAUCGACUACACGGCCCGCAACGUCCAGGACGCGGUGAAAGCCAAGGGUCUCCCCUGGAGCGCGGCAAAGGGCUUCGACACGUUCUGCCCCGUCGGACAGUUCAUUCCCAAGGACAAGGUGCAGGACCCGCACAACCUGCGGCUGUGGUACAAGAUUAAUGACUCAACGAAGCAAGACGACUCGACCAGCCUGAUGCUUUACCGCAUUCCCGACUUGAUCGCCCACGUCUCGGGCAUCAUGACCCUCGAAGAAGGCGACUUGCUCCUCACCGGUACGCCCAAAGGUGUUGGACCCGUCGUGGCGGGAGACAAGAUCACCGCGGGCUUGGAGACGCAGGAGGGAACGGUGCUCGAUAGGUUGGAACACCUCGUCAAGGCCCGAGAGGGGGGUUACGAGUUCAAGGGGAAUUUGUAG